GACGGCCUGUGCGCGUGCGCAGAGGUGUAACGCUGGGAAGGUACGCUGAGGCUUGGAGGUGGAGGCGCAGCGUUCAGGAGGUGAGGUGAGGCGCGGCCAGGUGUGACUCGCCAACGUCAGUAUUUCCUAAAUGACCUUACACCCUUUGCCACACUGGUCCUGGGCCAAGAUGGGCCAAUCAAAGUCCUUACCCAGAAUUUUUUGAACUGAAAUUGAGAGAAAAUCCCUCUUCAGUAUGGAAGCCAUAAAAUGUAAAACACAGGAGCUGUCAGCAGCCAUGUGCCCUGCCGUACGGAGCCAGCUGGUCUGCUGUGAGAAGGAGGCCGACGCCAAAGGCAGCAGAGAACCAUGUGUGCUCAGUACUGCAUCUCCUUUGCUGAUGUUGAAAAAGCUCACAUCAACAUUCAAGACUCUGUCCACCUCACACCAGUGCUAACAAGCUCCAUUUUGAAUCAAAUAUCAGGGCGCAAUCUUUUCUUCAAAUGUGAACUCUUCCAGAAAACUGGGUCUUUUAAGAUUCGAGGUGCCCUUAAUGCCGUCAGAGGCUUAACUCCUGACCCGUUAGAAGGGAAGCCCAAAGCCGUUGUUACUCACAGCAGCGGAAACCAUGGCCAGGCUCUCACCUAUGCUGCUAAACUGGAAGGAAUCCCUGCUUACAUUGUGGUGCCCCAAACAGCUCCCAACUGCAAGAAACUGGCAAUCCAAGCCUAUGGAGCAUCUAUAGUAUACAGUGAACCAAGCGAUGAGUGCAGAGAAAAGGUCACUCAAAGAAUUAUGCAAGAAACAGAAGGCAUCUUGGUCCAUCCCAACCAGGAACCUGCAGUGAUAGCUGGACAAGGAACAAUUGCCCUGGAAGUGCUGAACCAGGUUCCCUUCGUAGAUGCACUGGUGGUUCCAGUAGGGGGAGGAGGAAUGGUUGCUGGGAUAGCGGUUACAGUUAAGGCCCUGAAACCUAGUGUGAAGGUAUAUGCUGCUGAACCCGCGAAUGCAGAUGACUGCUACCAGUCUAAGCUGAAAGGAGAACUGACCCCCAAUCUUCAUCCUCCAGAAACCAUAGCAGAUGGUGUCAAAUCCAGCAUUGGCUUAAAUACUUGGCCUAUUAUAAGGGACCUUGUGGAUGAGGUCUUCACUGUCACAGAAGAUGAAAUCAAGCAUGCAACCCAGCUAGUGUGGGAAAGAAUGAAACUGCUCAUUGAGCCUACUGCUGGUGUUGGAGUGGCUGCCGUGCUGUCUCAGCACUUCCAAACAGUCUCUCCGGAAGUGAAGAACAUCUGUAUUGUACUCAGUGGUGGGAAUGUAGACUUAACCUCCCUCAAUUGGGUGAAGCAGGCUGAACGGUCAGUUCCUCACCAGACUGUUUCUGUUUAAAUUCAGGGAAAAAAAUAAGAUUGUCUCUAGAUGAAAAUUCUGUUUUCCAUCUUCCUUUUCAAAGUCCUAAUCAUGAAAGUAGAAGUAAUAGCGUGAAUUCUGUACUCAGCAGAGAGACAGGGACAACAAAGCACAAACUGCCUAGUCACAACCCACAGACUCCAACACUGAAGAAUCUGAGCUGCAGUAGAGACAGAACCCAACUGAAUCUCCAUUACUCCAUGUCUACUUCAGACACUGUUGAAGAGAUGUCACUUUUAACCCAAGGUACUGGUUCUGGUACAUAUGGGUCAUAAGUCCAUUUGGGAAAUACUCGCUUAUAGAGAUUCAUUAAUACAGUAUCCUGAGAUUUUAGCUUCCCAUCAAAACUGCACUUCAUAUGGCCAUGGGUACCUAGAAGGAAAACACAUAUUUGGUCAAAGUAAAGUGGACAUUCUUAAGCAGUGAAUUUACAGCCCACUAGUCCAGAUAACACUUGGGAAUCCGAACCCCAGGUUCUUACCUAGAGGCUCUUUGAUGUGUCCCCGGCGGCCCCACUUGGUUCUCAGUUCCACAGGCUUAAACCACAUCACAUCCUCUUAGAAUGGAACACACAAGACAUAAAGUCAAACAUUUACCAACACAGCAUCAAGACCAUCUUCCCACCCCUCUCACACCUACCUCUGUUGAAGAACAUGUAACGCACUACUGCCAUCUUAGUAAAAAUCUUGAAAGGAUGACCACUUAGAACCACUCUCUUUAUGACCAUCCUGUCAGGAUCCACUGAAAACAGAUGACCUGUAGCAAUGAGGCUGUGCAUUCCUAAGAAAGAAGAGCAGCCGUUACCCACAGGCCAAGUCCUUCAGCUGCUGCUCUCAUCUCCCCUGCUGCUUCCCCAAGGCUAUAGGAAGACAACUAAAAGACAUUUCUAAUGAGCCAGUCCCUCACACCCACCUUACAUGUAUUGUUUAGCAUGUGUUGAAGUGCACCAACAGGUAACAACUUGUGUAUCACCCUGGGCUUACACCCUCAAUUGAGGCUGAAAGUGGUAUUUCAAACAAACACACACCAGUAUCCCUUAAUACAGCAAGACCCCAUGUCUAAGUACAGAAGAGUACGGUGCUAGUGGGUACUUGUAUGUUCGUUAUUUACAUUCCAAAUUCAACAUACCAUUUCUUCUCUGCUUGAAAAGCAGCACAGAUGCAGGAGGGAAGGUGAUUGGUGCAAACACUGUCACCACUAAGGCCGCAUCAGCAGUCAGGAAUCUUUGAAAUUUAUGUUUAUCAGCUUCCAUAGUAAGGGUCCAAAAUAAGUAAAUAGAAAGGAAAAAAGGCCUUUUGAGAAACCAUAAGCAAUGCAAAGUGUCAAAAGCUGUACUGCUGUCACACAAAGCCCCCACCUUCCAAAAUUAGGGUAAUGGAGAUCAAACCGUGUGCACACUAAGUGCUCUGCCAUAGACCUACUGCAUGUUCUCAGUGUUUAAGAUUUGUAUUUUUAUUUAUGUGUAUGUAUCUCAGUGCAGGUGCCUCUAAGUUGACCAAUGUGGAUGCUGGGAAUCCAACCUGGGUCCUCUACAAGCUCCUGUCUGCUUUGUUUUGAGAGGAGUUCAUGUAUUGCAUGCUGACCUUGAACUGCUGUGUACCUUCUGCCAUCAAGGGCUUAAGUUACCAGUGGCUUUUCUGUUUCUCUAUACUACUAACUCUCGGGCUUUUCCCUGUGUCAGUAAGCAUGGCUUUGAGACGACUGCUUUUAUGCUGGGUGUAGGACAGUAAGCUAGUAGGAAAACUGUUCACCUUACUUUCUCAAAAUAAUAAAAGAUUUUUAAUACA